AUGGCGACCCGGCGCGUCCUCGAUGGCGUCGCCUCCUUGAGCAGCAUGGUGCACAAGUUCCAGGGAGGCGAUGAUUUCGCCAGUACUCCAUCCAGAGAACAGGCCAAAGCUAAAGCGGCCAAGAGAGAGGCCGCUUUCGACGCUCGUAAAGACGACGAUUCGUCGUCAUCGGAAAGCAAAAGUGACAGUGAAGAUGACGCGCCCGUUGAUCCGGCCUUCUUCGACCGCCUUAACGGCAACUUGAAGCCUUCGACCCCCACCAUUGCCCGGCGCGCAGGCAUCACCCCGUCCAAGCGCAACCCUCGCAGCAAGGAUGACGAGGUCGCCGACAGUGACGCCGAACGCGACAAGAAGAAGAACAAUGAUAGCAAGAAGGGGCCCGACAAGUUCGCCAAGUCCAAUGAGCGUGUCACUGCAUCUGAUGACGAGACUUCUGAAGAUUCUUCUUCCGACUCGAGCGAUAGUGAAAGUGAAAGCGAAUCGCCCACCAAGAAGGCAACGACUAAGGAAGCAGAGGAGUCGUCAUCCUCGUCUAGCGAGUCGGAGAGCGGUUCCGAAAGCGAUUCGGAGGGUGAUUCGGAGAGCGAAACAGAUAGUGAAGAGGACGCAGACUCGAAACGCAUGGCCAAGUCUCUGAUGAACGGCAAGAAAUCUGCUGCUGCUCCUCCUGCUGCUCCUGUUGCUGCCAAACCAUCGGCUUCGACCUCAACUUCGACCUCUGCUACUACCUCCACCUCCACCUCCGAUAGCACUAGCGAUAGUGACGAAAGUGAGGAGGAGGCCCCGCCGGCAUCACAGAAGAAGGUCGCCAGCACUUCCGCGAAGACGAAGACUCCACAAAGCAGCGGCAAGGAGCGCCGGAAGGACCAGGCCCCUGAAUCUGACCACGAGGAGACCGACGAGGCACUUGCUGUGGUUGAGUCGCGCGAUGAAACACGUCUUCGUGCCCCAGGUUUCGAGGGAAAAGACUUCGUACUCCGGGCCGUGCAAGGGGACGAGGAUGGCAAGGAUGUCACCGAAUUCUUCAACCGUGCGAGAAUGGAAGGCAAACAGCUCUGGUACUUCACCGCGCCAGCUUCGAUUCCCAUCAACGUCAUCGAGAAGAUCGAAAUCCCCAUGGACAAGGCGCGGAAUGGAGACCCCGUCCUGGAGCACGAUGGCGCCUCUUACGGCGUCAAUCUAUCAGACAAUGCGAACGCGACCUACCAGGUUCUCAUUCCCAACAAAAAGGGCACGCGAUACGAAGCUGUAUCCCACAACGUGGACCAGGUCAUGCAAUUCAAGCGCAUCAUUCAGAUCCCCGGCCCAGAGGAUGCCACAGCCGCCCCGCUACCUUUGCCCCCGAGUCGAAAACCCCGCCCGCAGCCCAAAGGUCUCCAGGCUCGCUAUCGCCCCAUUGGUGUGCCUCCUGGCGAGUCCAUGGGGACCCUAGGAUCUGAUUCUGAUGCGGAGCAAGAGGAUAUCGAGAUGGCUCAGGCCCCUCCCCUGCCUUCUCCGACCAAGGAAUCGAAGAAGGACUCGGAGAAGAGCAAGAAGAGGCGACGUGAUAAUGGCGAGGCACCGGCAUCUAACGGGGAGGUUGUGUCCACGCCCAUUCGAAAGGACUCGGCAGCAGUCCCUAGCGCUUCGACCAAGAAACCCUCCAAGCGCAAGCUCGCAGACGACGAAGACGAAGAGGCUGUAUCGGCUCAGCUGAUCAAGGAAGGUCUUUCUGCCGAGAAGAAGCAAAAGAAGAGACAGAAGCGCGUGCGGGAUGGCGAAGAUGCGCCGCCUCCAUCCGCCAGCAAGUCGACGCCCGUUCUGCCUCCCACAGUGCCUUCCUCGAUGAAGAAGAGCGCCGUCGUUCACACCACCGAGGGGAGCCCGACGCCCCAGGCGGAGGCGGCCCCGUCCACGAAAUCGAAGAAGAGCAAGAGGGUCUCGUUCAGUGCCGAUGCCACUCUCGCCACUACCGCCGACGCUCCCAAGGAAAGUCCCGUUCCCCUUCCCGUGAACGGACGCCAACAAUCCGCGGUGCCUGUGCCUCAAAUACCGCACGUCAAGCGCUCCUCUCCAUUAGCGACCGAAUCUACUCCAAAGCCAUCGAAGAAGAAGAGGAGCAAGGAAGGCGGUGCCGCGCCGUCUUCUUCGCAGAGCUCGAUCCCACCCGCGAAGCAGACGCCCAUUUUGCCCCCCACAGUAAGACGAAUGAAGAAAUAG